GAGCCUCUUGCCUCAGCGUCACCACUCAGGCUUUGUUUCCUCCUGAAGGGAUGACAGCCGCCGUCUCUGCUUGUUUUGUUUAUUUUAUUAAUAACGGUGUAUGCGGUCUGUGAAUACAUGCACCGCGAAAUGCCCUGAGUUAAAAUUAAAUAUCGGUGGUGGACUGUUACAUUGCUGGGUAAAGCAGGCUAUGAAGUAGCGAGUGGUCAGUUUAGCAGCUAGUUAGCCACGUUCGUUUGUUGACACAUUAGACACUUUCGCUAUUUUGUGUCUCGAUUCAGGUUCGAAGCGUAAGAAAAUAGCCGGAAAAAUAGGAAAAAAUGAACGAAGAAGACGGCUGCACGACACCGGUAAACAAGGAAACUAAUAUUUCACUGCUGUUCACCAAGGACGGACAGACUUACUUCGUGGACAACAGCGGGGGUCUGGAGAGCAGGAACACGGCCACGCCGCAGGAGCAGGACGGCGGCAUGCUGUCCUACGACAUGGACGAUCCGGGCGAGGAGAGCGACGUCCUGGACACUUCGGACCCCAGGGACAGCGCUGCCAGCCCCGAGGAGCUCAACGACGAGGAGUCCUUCGGUGACAGCGAGAACGUGACGAAGACGUGCACGUACGAUGGGUGCGCGGAGACCACGACGCAGGUGGCCAAGCAGAGGAAGCCGUGGAUGUGCAAGAAACACCGCAAUAAGAUGUACAAGGACAAGUACAAGAAGAAGAAGAGCGACCAGGCCAUGUCCAGCGGGAAGUUAGACGAAGGCUCAGAAGAGAGACCUGUCUCUGUUACCAAGCAGCGGUUGGGGGACCGGCUGGGGGACCGACCGGCGAGGCCCUCCCUCAUUGAACAAGUUCUCAAUCAGAAGAGACUGUCUCUGCUGAGAAGCCCAGAGGUCGUGAGCUUCCUGCAGCAGCAGCAGCGGCGACUUCUGACAAGCCAGAGAAGUGGAGCCGUGCAGCAGGAGUAUCAAGGCUGCUGACAGGAGGCGCGGCUGGGCCCGAGAGCUAACAGACCAGCGAGCCCAGGCCCAGAGAGGCCCAGUCCAGGUUGUCAUACUAAUAGGAAACCUUAUUUGGGAUAUCAUUAUCUAUCAAGCGGAUAAUUUCUUUCUGGAAGUGGAUUCAUCCAGUAAUUAAGGCAAAUUUCUAUUUAAUAUUCAACCCGAUUGCCUCAAACAGGAUUAUCCCAGACCCAUUUCCAGGAGUCCUCCUGAUGUUGAGCAUUACCUAUAGGUCAUUUGACAUCCACAAUGAAUGAAUCCAGUACAGGGGGAUUGAAAACAGAUUGUGUUAAAACGUGCACUGUCAAACUGGAUGUAAUAAUCACUGGCUGAGUCCACUUCCCUAGAAAGAGGACAUCCUAGACGGAGUGUGAGUGAACCUGGAGUUUCCAGGUUGAUUUUUUUUAGAAAGCUCCUGUGUGGUUGGUUUCUCUUUAGUGAGAUAUAGAAGUUACACAUUCUCACUGUCAAACGAGGGCCUUGUGAAUCAGGCCACACCACUGGUUCAUGACCCCUGGACCUUGUCGGGUCGACAUUGUGUGUGUUUCAGCUCUCAUUGAACUUCCUACCUCUCCACGGAUUGAAAAGGCUGAACUGCUUCAGUCUGCUUCUUAGUACUCAUGUGGCCUAAACAAGUACAUACGGGGAACCACAGAACUAGUGAUCGAUGGGAAAUGUGGCUUCAAAACUUGGGAUGGGAUUCCUUUGCCAGCUCAGACCAGAUUGAUCUAACGCUCUCCCCGGUUGAUAUCUGUUGAGACAAACAGAUAAGUGAUGGACAGCACAUGCCGGUUGAAGUUUCCUGGGGAUUCGGAGCCUCAUUACUUCAUUCACUAUGUUAGUCUACACUCAGCAGUACCAGCUAAAGCAGGAGUUGGGGAACCUGAUCCAUGGAGGGCCGGUGCAGGUUUUUGGGAUGACCUCUCAAUCAGCCAAUAACAGUCGGUCUGCAGGAUUGGAGUUGAGAACCACUGUUUUAUUAUUGGCUGAUGGAGAGGCUAUCCCAAAAAUCCGCACCCACACCGGCCCUCCAUGGAACAGGUUCUCCACCCUUGAGCUAAAGGCUAGCAGGUGUAAGGUGGCUGUAUCCACUACAGUCCUGCCUGUUUUCAAUUAUCUAUUUUCGUGCUUUGCAUAUUAUGAACCAGGUGGGGAAAUUAGUAAUGGAUGCCAUGCUGAGUUUGAGAAAAGCACAUCCUGCUGUUUGGCAGGACUGGAGUCCCAAUACACUGGCGUGUACCAUCACUGUGAAACGAACUAUGGUAUUUUUAUAUGUAUAAACAUUUUUAUUUAUAGCAUCAUAG